AUGUCCCAAAACCUGCACUUCCUUCCUCUCACUUCUUUCCUCUCCACCUUUAAUGGGUUUCAGAUACUUCCCCAAAACCCUCUCACAGCAGCCACAAGUCCGCCCACAACAACGUUCAUUAGCCGCGCAUUUCUCACGCUCCAGUCUCCAAGCGAAAGUGCGGUUAUGUCGGUCCCUGUGGCUGCGCAGGAGAAGUACCUCAUCUACCGUGCCAACAUCGAUGGGCCGCGUCUCGACAAGCGAGUUCAAGUGGAUUUGGUGUUCCCAGUAUUUCUCGCGCAGCUUGAUGAACUCUCCUUCCAAGUCUGGGUCUAG